UGGCUGGUUGGCUGGCUCGCUGGCUGGCAGGCAAGCAGGCAGGCAGGCAGGCAGGCUAGCAAACAGGGCAGGCAGGCCAAAGGCUUUCUUGUUCCGAGGACGGUGCUCUUGGUCGCGCCGUCUCUCUUUUCUUCCUCCAUUACGCUUACUCUUCCUCAUCCCCGACCCCUUGCCUCUUCUCGUCCUCGAUCAACUCAAUCGUGCUCUCGUUCUCUCCCUCCUCGGGUUUCUCUCUCGCGCGCGCGCGCGCGCGCUCAUGCCGCACGUACCGUUGAGAACCUCUCCCUUCCCCUGUCGUACUCUUUCUCUGCCUCUCUAUCCCCUCUCCUCUCCUUACCUCGAACGGAUCGGGCGAGUCCACUAGGCUUGCGAGGGGUGUUCGGCAGACCUCGUCUCUAGUCGGCCUCGAUCCGUAGAGUGCGUCAGACGCCGCGAGUCGAUCGCUCCGGUACACGGAUAUUCGCGAACCGUAGCAUACGUGGGUACGUCGUGGGGCCCGCGAAUGUCAUUGCGCGUUACCUGCGCAUAACCGCGACCCGCGGCAACUCGUAUUGCGGCCAGUUUACGCGUUCAGCCUAGGACGCACUCGACCAGCGUAUAUCCGUACGACGGCCAUGUUUGGUGUUUACGACGUGAGGGGGAGUCGCUGACGUCACGUACAAGCGAGUAGUCCGAUCUUACCCGAACGGCACGGCGAUUACGGACGACGGGUGGCAGCAGCGACAAGCAAACGACGACGACAACGACGACGAGGAGGAAAAACGAUACCGCACGUGAUACGCAACUAUAAACCAAUCGAGGAUUAUCCAGAACGUCAGGAUUAAAGACCGCUCCGUCAUCGUGUCGAGCCAUGGAGCUGGGUGACAGGGUUUACGCCGCGGAGCGGAUCACGAAAAAGAGGGAAAAGCGGGGCAAGAUCGAGUAUUUUGUCAAAUGGAAAGGAUGGAGCAAAAAAUAUAACACGUGGGAACCGGAAGAAAAUAUUUUGGACAUCAGAUUAAUCGAAUUGUAUGAGGAAAGCCAAAAAGGUGCAGAUGUAAUACCCACCAGAAGGCCAAGGCGAAGGGAUACUAGAUACAGCGAACAACUGUCUAAUCUUGUUGUCGAUGAGGAACCUGGCGGAGACGAAAGAAUAGGCGAAGACAGUCAGGAUGAAUCGACGACGGGCAGCACUUCAGCAUCUCGUUUAAAUCCAGUAGCUCCUGAUGAGGACACCCUCCCAAGUUCCUUAGAUAGCCAUGAGUCGCCAGAAUUAGCAUCAACGUUCAGCGUCGAUUCUGACAGUUCAGUCAGUAGUAUGGACAUACCUCUAUUGCCUAGAAAAGAACGUAUGAAAAGGAAGGCGGAAGUUCUUAGUCGAUCUGGCAAGAUUGGCGUAACAAUUACGAGUAGUCCUAGUAGUGGCAGUGGUAGUCCACCUCCGAGCAAAGUUCCUCGGUUAUUGCCUUUGAAAAACAACCCCACAAAUCCAUCUUAUAGUCACAAAGCCAACGGACAAAAUCAAAGAAGGCCAUCAUCCUCCAGCGUGAAAUCGACACCGGAAGAACCUCUGCCAGCAGUGCCGACGACACCGGCGCCAGCAGUACAGGACAAAAAGCGUCCCGAAGCUGAUGUACCUCAUGGUCCGCCACCCUCUCUCCCGCGUGCACCACCGGCACCGCUGUCUCCUCAGAUAGAUACACCUUUGGAGCAAGUCACAACAAAGAAGAAGCAAUUAUCGGAGCAAAAGCUGGAUAAAUCGAAUGGUGCAGUUGCUGCUGACAAAGCGAACGGUCACAAAUCACCCAGUCCCACAGACUCUUACACUAAUAACAACAGGUUACACACUGUCGUGAAUGGACACCAUAGCCCUAAUAAUAAUACUAAUAACAACAACAAUAAUAAUAAUAAUAAUAAUAAUAAUAAUAAUAACAAUAACAACAAUAAUAAUAGUUCAAGCGUCAAACAAACCGAGAUUUCAAGGUCAGAGAUUUAUGUUCCACUCACGAAUCCCGGCACGGAUUAUUGGCACGCGAGAAACCCCGUGGCGGAUCAAGUAUUUAUUACAGACGUUACUGUUAAUUUGAAAACCGUUACCAUCAGGGAAUGCAAGACUGAAAAAGGUUUCUUUCGAGAAAGAGAUCCCAAAGAAACUCUUUGAGCUUCAAGAAUCUAACAUUUUUGAUGGUCCUGUAACGGGAAUGUCCGUUCUGUAUUGAAUCACAAUAUGUAAAUAUAAAUUAUUUUCAUUCGUUGGAUGUUGUCAGGAUAUCAAGCAAAUUAAAUUUUGUCUUGUGAUAUAUGAAGACAUCAUGUUAAAUAUCGCAAUGAAAAUCGCGAAAGUAUCGCGUAAAGAUCUUGGAGCACCAAUUGGAAUUCCAAGAAUAUCAAACAGAUGCUGAAACAAAGAUCAAUCAGACUUCACUACAUGAGGAUUUUUUUUUAACUGAAAAUUGAUCGUUGUGUCCAGAUAGAUCAUUGUGAACGAUUUUAUGUAAAUUGAUUGUAAAGACUAGACAAUGCCGGUAUGAUAUUCAUUACCGAGUAUACAUCAUACUGCUAUCAUGAUAUAUUUUAAAAUGCUUGGUAGAUUUUAAUUACACGCUGAAGAUCUGGAAGGCAGAGGAUAAUAUAUCUUCUAGUUGAUUUUAUUAUUUGCUUGUCUUAGAACGCUAAGAGAAUGCUAUAAAGUAAAAAUCUUCAACUUUUGUUUUUACACUAUGGGAUAUAUAUUAUAUACACGAGAUACUUAGGAAAAAAAAUAUUUUUCUAAUUCAUUUUUAGAAUACUGAAACUGCUUCAUGGAAGCAAUUUGGGGGGAGAUGUUCCGAGUUAUUUUGAAGGGAAAAAAAUGGUUUUCAACACGUCACAAUGUUGUAUCUUAUUCAUCGGUGAAUAUUUUGCUACGUGCUGGAAAAUAGAGUAUCGCGAAAGAAAAAUGUGUAAAUUAUAUUUUGAAUGUAUGUAAGAAAGUGUAUGAUUCAAGAAUUUCAGGCGAUUACAAAAUGUCAUUCGAUUCGGAGGAAACACAAUUGCGCACAAUAUUUCAAUCAUUAUCAGUGGUGAUGCAUUUUCUUGGUUCGACUUGAACUAAUUCGCGAUAUCAAUUUAACGAUAGAUGCAUUUCGAUGCUAUCGAAUGUUUUAUUCGAUUUUGUGUAUAUUCUCUCUUGGUAUAUAAUUAUUUUUAUUUAGUGUAGAAAAUCCAACAUAUAUCGAUCGUGACAGUUCCGCGAAAUUAUUGCAUAUCUCUUAGUGAAUUCAUUUUAUUUGUAGAUUCCGAUUGUCAAAUAUCACCAAAUAAGAGGAUGUUCCUUUGAUGAUAAAGGCGCGUUGAAAUUAGUACAACAAUCCAAAUCUAAUUGUAUUCAACAUCUGAUUAUAUUUACACGCUACGUAUACUGUUACCUCGUUUUUAGUGAUGCUGUAUGAUGUAUUAGGCGCCUUUCAAUCAUAUAGAUUGCAUUAAUAAAUCUUCUCAUUAUUACAUUUAUCAUUAUUCCGUUUACAAUGCGCGCGUCAUCAAUUCUUUCCCACGGUAAACGCUCCUAUCAGUAAAGUUUAAGACUCACUCAGAUACAUAAAUAGAAAUAAAGAUAAAAUCAUAUAAUAGCUCAAUAAUAAUAAUAAUAAUAAUAAACAAACAUAAAUAACAAGAAGGGCCAAAUUACAAAAGAGAGAGCCAAAUUUUUAUAUAUUUCAAAUGAAUGAAUGACAACCAUGGAAUCAAGCAAUCAUUCGCAAAUUGUAAAUUUUUUCAAUUAUUUAUUUUUCUGAGAAUUUAUAGAUUUUUUUCUCAC